CAGCUGACACACAAGAUGCCUUUGGCUGUGUUUUAUCUCACCUUCCAUCAUUUCACCUGCACCUUUAGGAUACGUGUACAGGACUUUUCUUGGAGGGAUGAGCUCUGAAGCACUGAAUCCAGAGCCUGUCACCGAGCUGCCACUCACACCUCCCGCAGAGGAGGACGAAGAAGAAGCUGCCAUUGAACUUUAAAAACACAAAAGAAAACACGUUGUGCUGUUAUUACCACCGCUUAUAACCUGUUAAAACAUAACGUUAGAGCAGCUGACGUUAGCUGGUUGACAUUAUGGACGUUUUACGUCCAGCUCUUAUCAAUAUAAAUGGGAGAAAGUACCGAAGGAAUAUCAUUCAGGAAGAACAUUAUGAGGAAGAAGAAGAUGUGACUUACACGGGACCACCAGAGAGUGAAGACCUUGCAGAAGAUGAAACCUGUGAUACCAUCUCCAUUGAGCAGACUGAUAAGGGAUACCGCUGUGCUAUCGAUGUCCCAAGUGUUCUUUACAAAUACAUCAUUGGGAAGAAAGGAGAGACACGCAAACGUCUGGAGUUUGACACAAAGACAUCUAUCAACAUCCCAAAACUAGGAGUGGAAGGACAGAUUGUUAUCACAGGUUCCCAUAAAGCUGCAGUCUCAUCUGCAGUCACACGAGUUGAGGUCCUUAUUGACAGUUUCCGGAAGAAGCAGCCUUUCACGCAUUUCCUGUCAUUUCCUCUGAAUGAUCCCAAAAUUCAAGAAGGAUUCCUGAGCUUUAAAGACGAGGUGUUGCAGCAGUGCUCACAGGAUAAUGGAGUAGAGGGAAGCAUCUUUCAGAACCCGGCAAAGCUUCACCUGACAAUCGGCACCCUGGCUCUAUUAAAUGAAACAGAAGUGAGAAAAGCGUGCGAACAUCUCCAAGAGUGUCAAAACUUCAUCAGAGACAUCACGGAGGGAAGUCGUCUGCUGCUGGAGGUGACGGGUAUAGAGUACAUGAACGAUGACCCAGCCAUGGUGGACGUCUUGUAUGCCAAAGUCAAUGUGAAAGACAGAUCGGACAAGUUGCAGGUGAUUGCGGACCGGCUGCUGGAGCACUUUGUCUCCACCGGGCUGAUGGCCAGAGAGUGGGACCGAGUGAAGCUGCACGCCACUGUGAUGAACACUCUGUUCAGAAAGGACUCCACAGUUGAAGACACGGGCGGCCCCAAAAGACAAACCACGAGUGAACGAGAAGCUUUUGACGCCAGAAGCAUAUUAAAGAAAUUUGGUGCUUAUCGUUUUGGAGGGUGUGAGCUGAAUUCUGUCCUGCUGUCUCAGAGAUAUUCGACAGAUUGUUCGGGCUACUACACGUCUGUAGGCAGCGCCAACUUCUCAUGAGCUCCAACAGGACCGAGCGGAUUCUGAGGUGGGAAGUUAAGAAUGAAGGUUUUCAGCAGAACGUUGAAGUGGUCUUCAUGAUGUUGUCCAGCAGGUGGCAGCAUAGGGUUGUUCGACCUGUAUCUGAACCUAAUUCUUUGCCUUCUAAAACCCCUUUAGGAACACUUUAUGCAGAAACAUGUAAUGAUUAGAGUGCAAAAUGAUUGAAAAUUCAGACUAAAUCUCACUCAAAAGAUGACACGUUCAUGCAAAAUCACUCUGAAAUGCAAAAGUUAGUCAGAUUUCUGUUUUUGUACUUAAGUGUCCACACAAUCGUUUCUCUUCAGGGAGUCUGAGUCAAACAACAUCUAAAUAAAUGACAAGAAAUACAUUUUUAAUGACACAGGCAAGCAAAAAAAGAAACAUGAAAAAUGUGAGAGUUUACAUCAAAAAACGGUCUUGUUUACUUUUUGCAUGUUUGGGGAUUUGUUCACAACGGAUAGAUUUUAUUUUGGAAGUCGCAGUAGAUUAAUGUCAGUGUUGCUGCUCCCUUAGAGGAGGAGAUGAUUGACUUUGUGUGUGACAUUGGAUUGUCGAAGAUACAAAGUCAGAUAAGAAGCUUUAAAUCAGUCUGGUCUCAGAUUCAUGUCGGAGUUAGAUUUCUGAAAAUAUGUAUCAAAAAUAGAACAUGUAACAUUUUGUUGGACAAAAGUAGCAAAUUACAUUUACUCAAGUACUUCAUUUCAACUUUGAUGUCCUUUUCAUUUGAUUUGCUACUUUGUACCUCACAGAGCUAAAUAUAUAUAUAUAUAUAUAUAUAUAUUUACUUUCUCCGCAACGAGGAUCAUGCAAUCACUCUCACGUGUGCGUGCGUCUGUGAGUGAGUGACUGUGCACCUCUGUGUCUGUCCACGGCUAAUUCUGUUGCAGCAAACUGCACAAUAUCUCAGGUGGCCAGUUAUCCUGCAUGCUCAGAGACCUCACGUGGUCGUGGUUAUUCACACUUUCUCGAAACGCCUUCUAUUUCCAGACUGCAUGUGAACUCCUCACUCGCCAUUCUUAGUCGGCUAGUGAUGACACAGCUGAGUGCCUAAGUUAUCCUUUUGUGAGUGUUAUUCGUUCAAUCACACAAUACAGCGUGUGUGAGAGGGCGCCUUUCUAGUUUUAAGAUAGUGAGAAUCAAACAUUUAGAAAAUAUAAAGGAAAUGUCCGAACAUUCGUAUUUGUUGAAAGAUUCUGGUUUCAUACUGAUGAAGUAUUACCCAUUUCCUUUCCCUCUCACGGCCUCAUGAAUGUGUUAAUGCGUCACUGACGUGAUUUAUUACACCAGUCUUGUUUUUUUUUGUUUUUCUCUCCACCUCUUGCAUCAGUGCCGUCCCCGCAUGAAGCCACAACCCUGUUCCCACUCCCGUCUGUCGAGUGUGUGUCAGCGAAUACAGACAUCGGACACGGAGCCUGGCCACUUUCUCGCUCUCUCUCUCUCUCUCUCUCUCUCUCUCUCU